AUUUCUCUUAAUAAACACAUUAGUAAUAUUUCUUUAUUUGCAAAUUGUUCUCUCCAAAAGGGGGAAGGAUUCAUAUUUAGAGAGAGAAAAAGAGAAGAGAUAGAGAGAGAAAUUGGCUAUUGGGUUGAAGGAGUGGGCCGAAAAGACGAAACCCUAAAAUUAGUUUUCCGGAGCUGAAAUCGAAAAGAUACUAUUUUUCUUCCUUCUGAUCCAAAACCGUACUGGAAAAGGUUCAGAUUUUGUUCCUUCAAGGUAGAUGCAGAGGACUGGUUGAUGUGAUUCGUUUAAAAGAUCAGUAGGAAACCAAUACUGUGUUGGUUUUAUUUUAUUCUUUUGUUGUUAUAAGAUUUUGGAGUUCGGAUUAACAAUCGUUUGAAAGGAAGAGGAAAAAAAGGUGAUUCAAAAUGAUGUCCAAAUCGUAUACCAAUCUUUUGGAUCUAGCUUCAGGGAAUUUUCCUGUAAUGGCUCGAGAAAAGAAACGAUUGCCUCGAGUAAUGACUGUUCCUGGUGUUAUAUCUGAGCUCGAUGAUGAUCAAGCUAAUAGUGUUUCGUCUGAUGUUCCUUCCUCCAUUAUUCAAGACCGCAUCAUCAUUGUUGCUAACCAGCUCCCUGUAAAAGCUAAGCGUCGACUGGAUAAUAAAGGGUGGUCUUUUAGCUGGGAUGAAGAUUCGUUGUUGUUGCAGUUAAAGAAUGGUUUACCUGAUGAUAUGGAGGUUUUAUAUGUAGGGUCUUUGAAUGCUGAUGUUGAUGCAAAUGAGCAGGAUGAUGUAUCACAGCUUUUGUUGGAUAAGUUUAAGUGUGUUCCAGCAUUUUUACCUGCUGACAUUCUGUCAAAGUUCUAUCAUGGGUUCUGUAAGCAGCAUUUGUGGCCCCUUUUUCACUACAUGCUUCCUUACUCAGCUACACAUGGUGGCCGGUUUGAACGAUCUUUGUGGGAGGCUUAUGUUGCGGCAAAUAAGAUUUUCUCGCAGAAGGUUAUUGAGGUUAUAAACCCGGAAGAUGACUAUGUUUGGAUUCAUGAUUACCAUUUGAUGGUGUUGCCCACAUUCUUGCGGAGGAGAUUUAAUAGGCUCAGAAUGGGGUUCUUUCUUCAUAGCCCAUUUCCCUCGUCGGAGAUUUACAGGACUUUGCCUGUGAGAGAAGAGAUUCUAAAGGCACUGUUAAAUUCAGACCUCAUUGGUUUCCAUACUUUUGAUUAUGCCCGUCAUUUCUUGUCUUGCUGUAGUCGGAUGCUUGGUCUAGAGUACCAAUCAAAAAGAGGUUAUAUUGGGUUGGAAUACUAUGGGAGAACGGUUGGAAUUAAAAUCAUGCCUGUUGGGAUCCACAUGGGGCAGAUCGAGUCAGUCUUGAGAAAUCCGGAUAAUGAGUGGAGAGUAAAAGAGCUCAGACGAAAGUUUGCAGGAAAGACUGUAUUGCUUGGAGUCGAUGAUAUGGACAUCUUUAAAGGUGUCAACUUGAAGUUGUUGGCCAUGGAGCAGCUGCUGAGGCAGCAUCCCUCCUGGCAUGGAAAGGCUGUUAUGGUCCAAAUUGCAAACCCUGCUAGGGCAAGAGGGAAAGACCUUGAGGAAAUUCAGGAUGAAAUACAUGCUAGCUGCAAGAGAAUAAAUGAGACAUUUGGUCGAGCCGGUUAUGAACCAAUCAUCUUUAUUGACAGGCCAGUCUCUCUGAGUGAAAGGGCUGCUUAUUAUGCAAUUGCUGAGUGCGUGGUAGUUGCCGCAGUGAGGGAUGGAAUGAAUCUUACACCAUAUGAGUACAUUGUAUGUAGACAAGGGGUGUCUAGUUCAGAGUCUAGCACGGACUUUGAUGGGCCUAAAAAGAGCAUGCUAGUAGUAUCAGAGUUCAUUGGAUGCUCUCCUUCUUUGAGUGGUGCAAUCCGUAUUAAUCCAUGGAAUAUUGAGACAACUGCUGAGGCAAUGAAUGAGGCAAUUUCUAUGGCUGAUUCUGAGAAGCAAAUGCGGCAUGAAAAGCACUAUAGGUAUGUCAGCACCCACGAUGUAGCUUACUGGUCUAGAAGCUUUUUCCAGGAUAUGGAGAGAACAUGUAGAGAUCAUUUCAGAAGAAGGUGCUGGGGCAUCGGUCUUAGCUUUGGUUUCAGGGUUGUUGCCCUUGAUCCCAACUUUAAAAAGUUGUCAAUUGAUCAUAUUGUUUCUUCAUAUUCAAGAUCCAAAAACAGGGCUAUAUUGCUGGAUUAUGAUGGUACUGUAAUGCCACAAACAUCCAUCAAUAAAGUCCCAAGUCCGACGGUCAUCUCCACCAUAAAUAUGCUCUGCGCUGAUGAUAAAAACUCCAUAUUUGUUGUCAGCGGGAGAGGAAGAGACAGCUUAGGGAAGUGGUUUUCUCCUUGCCAUAAACUUGGUAUUGCUGCAGAACAUGGUUAUUAUAUGAGGUGGUCUGCUGACAAGGAUUGGCAAAUUUGUGGCCCGUGUAAUGAUUUUGGGUGGAUACAGAUAGUUGAACCUGUUAUGAAACAAUACACGGAAUCCACUGAUGGUUCUUACAUCGAAAAGAAAGAGAGUGCCAUAGUUUGGCAUCAUCGUGAUGCAGAUCCUAGUUUUGGAUCUUGCCAGGCCAAGGAGUUACUGGACCAUCUAGAAAGUGUUCUAGCAAAUGAACCAGUUGCAGUGAAAAGUGGUCAGUUUAUCGUAGAAGUAAAGCCACAGGGAGUAAGUAAAGGCUUGGUUGCUGAAAAUAUCUUCACAACAAUGAAUGAGAAUGGAAGACAAGCCGAUUUUGUACUGUGUGUUGGUGAUGACAGAUCCGACGAGGACAUGUUUGAGAUUAUUGGCAGUGCAAUGUCAAGUGGUGUACUCUCAAAUAAUUCAUCGGUGUUUGCAUGCACAGUUGGACAGAAACCGAGUAAAGCCAAGUACUAUUUGGAUGACACGGCGGAAGUCAUUAAUAUGCUUGAAGCUUUAGCAGAAGAAUCAGAUUGUGCUCCCUUGGAAUUUGGAACUGUUAGUCAUGCUUGAACUCUCUCCACCAUGGCCUUUCAAAGGCCCUGGAAGAAGUACAUGUACUUCUGUUUAUUUUUCAGCCUUGCGGGGAAAGGUAAAUUUUAUUGGAAGAAAACAUUGGACGCUACGUGUUUUGCUGUGGUUGAACAAAACAGGGCCAUCUUAAGGCGUGGAAUGUCUGGCCAUCUAAAGAUAAAAGAAAUGAGAGUUUUGAAACAGCCAAAUCAAUCUAAAAGGGUUUGAAUCAUAGGACCAAAUGUUUAUUGAUGGUGAACUGACGGGGGAAAUAAGAAGAUAAGGAAAUUAUUUGCACAUCUUAUACUUGAAGACUGCUAAGUCUAAUGUAAUAGGCAUUUAUAUGCAAAUAAGAGCCCCAGAAACACACUUGAAGUUCAACUGGAGAAAGAUGACUUUAAUGGCGGAAAGAUGAGGAUAUCUAGUGGUAAUUAGCAAGAAAACGUUGGGGGUAUGAUGUUUAUUUGAAAAAGAACAGUAUAGUGAAUUUCUUUUUUUUUUUUCUUCCCAUUACUGUCUUUUGGGCUUUUAUUUUGUGGGCUUGAAUCUGCUUUUGCAAUUUGUUCUCAGAUCGAUUCCUUCGCUUAUUGAAUCUGUAAAUUAUUAUAUAGCAAAAUUUUACUUAA